ACGUGGGGAAGGGGAUCCCGGUCCGGACGCUGAUUGGCCGCGGAGCUGUCGGCGGCGGCUCCGCUGUUGCUGAGGGGAAGCGCGAGGGGCCCGGCCGGGGCAAGAGAGGCCAGGAGCGGGCGACGGCUGCCUGAGUCCACACCCAGCCUGGAGGGAAGAUGAAACCGGCGAGGAAGGCUGCUGGCUCCUCCUCUUCCAGCAGCAGCAGUAGCAGCCGCUCCCCACCCUCUACCCGGGCCAAAGCUCAAAAGCGCAAGACGGCAAUUGAGGAGGGGCCCAAGCCUGAAGAAGGAGCAGGGGAGGAGUCCCCAGAUCAACCCCCAGCCUUUGUGGGUGCCCGGCGCAUGCAAGUGCAGAUGGAUCCUGGCCUGCGGGAAUUGGUGGGUGCACCUGAUGACCCCUACAAACUGCCUGAGGGGGAUGGGGACCCUGGGGCUGAGGCCUGUGGGGUGGAAGCCUCGCUGAACCGCAAGACUGCCACUUUUAAAUCACGAGCGCCGUGCAGAAAGUGCCCAGGGGGUGAAGAAUCAAAUGGCAGUGAAGGCCCAGUGGCGCCUCCUGAGGAAGAACCCAGGCGCUGUCCCUCCUCCAGCACUGACACUGCCAGCGAGCAUUCUGCAGAUGAGAAUGACAAGGGGGCAGGGGACGUGUGGGCAACACCCCCUAGUGAAUACGACCUGCGGCAGCUGCGCUUGCAGCGGGUGCUUGCGCAACGCAAAGGCCUCUUUCAGCCAGCCAUAGUGAAGCAGAUCCGUCGAGGGCAGGACUUGGGGGUGCAAUUUGUGGGUGACCGUGUCACGGCCUACUAUGAAGGGGCACUGGGUUCUGGCGCAGUGGAUGUGGUCCUGGAUGCCACGCCUCCACCAGGCGCUUUGACUGUGGGCACUCCCGUCUGUGCUUGUGUGGACCCAGAGGAGACAGCUUAUCGGGAAGGCACCGUGAUUGAGGUGAGUGCCAAGCCAGCCUCCUACAAAGUGCGCUUUGCCCGUCCUGUGGUCCUCCCUGGUACCACUACUGCACGUAAAGACUCUGCAUGGGUGCCACGCUCUGCCUUGCGCCUCCUGCGGCCACCCUGGAGCUAUGAAACUUCUCCUGAGGACAGCAAACAGCCUGAAAAGCCGUCUCCUUUGCCAGAAGAGGAGAAGGUUGCUUUGGCCCUCCCGUGCCCAGAGCCAAAGCAACCAGAAGAUGCUGAAGUCUCCAAGAUCAGCGCCUGUGUGCGGUCAGAGGAGAAGUCUGUGGUGGCGCCGCCCCAGAUUCUCUCGCCCCCCAAGUCGCCGGCUUUUCCCCGCCUCCCCGAGCAGCCGUCCCCUCUGCUGAGCCCGGAAGCGAGUGGGAGUCGCAGCAGCAGCGUGAUGUCUGUGGACAAAUGUAGCACACCAGGUUCCUCUCGCUCCCGUACACCCCUCACAGCCGCCCAGCAGAAGUACAAGAAAGGGGACGUGGUGUGCACCCCAAAUGGCAUCCGCAAGAAGUUCAAUGGGAAACAGUGGCGGCGGCUGUGCUCCCGGGAGAGCUGUAUGAAGGAGUCGCAGCGGCGGGGCUAUUGCUCACGCCAUCUCUCCAUGCGGACCAAGGAGAUGGAAAGCCUCUCAGAGGGCCGGGCCAGUGGGCUGCGGGAGGGCAGUGCUGAAUUCGACUGGGAUGAGACCUCGCGGGACAGCGAGGCCAGCAGUGUUCGCGGGGAUUCACGGCCCCGUCUGGUGCCCCCCGCUGACUUAUCGCGCUUUGAGUUUGAUGAGUGUGAAGCAGCUGUCAUGCUCGUCUCCCUGGGCAGCUCUCGCUCCGGCACCCCCUCCUUCUCUCCCAUUUCCAACCAGUCUCCCUUCUCGCCUGCUCCGUCGCCCUCCCCCUCCCCGCUCUUUGGCUUCCGUCCGGCCAAUUUCAGCCCCAUUAACGCGUCGCCUGUCAUCCAGCGAGCUGCCGCUGCGCGCAGUCGUCAUGUGAGCGCCAGCACACCGAAAGGAGUUGGGGGUGCUGUGCUGAGCCCCGAGAUGUUGCACCACGCCGCCUCCCGGGAGCGCCACCACUCGGGCAUUACCUUCCAGAACAACCUCACCUUCACGGUGCCAAUGAGCCCCAGCAAACGGAAGGCAGAGUCACACCACAGUAGCAUGGGCUCUGCGGCCGACUUCCACAAGAACGACAGCCUGGACUCGGGGGUGGAGUCAGUUUCGCACACGCCAACCCCUUCCACGCCUGCUGGCUUCCGGGCUGUGUCGCCCGCAGGAAUUGGGCCCUUUUCCUCCCGCUCCCAGCAGGCUUCUCCUCUCUUGCUGGUGCCCCCGCCAGCUGGGUUGACCUCUGACCCCAGCCCCACCGUGCGUAGGGUGCCUGCUGUGCAGAGGGACUCUCCUGUCAUCGUGCGUAAUCCAGAUGUGCCUCUGCCCUCCAAGUUCACAGAGAAGCCUCUGGAGGGGAGGGUGGGCAGCCCACGGAUGGGAAAGGCUGGCUCCAAGGAACAUCUGUCAGGCAAGGGGCAGCUGCAGAUGCCAGUGCCCAUUAACGUGGGCCGGACUCUGCCUUCCAGCCAGCCGAGUGUGGUUCCGGCCCCUGAACAGGCCCCACCCAUUUUCAGUGUCUCCUCCCCCUUCCAGCCAGUCGCCUUCCAUCCCUCUCCCGCAGCACUUCUGCCUGUCAUUGUCCCUAGCGAGUACACCAGCCACCCUGCUCCCAAGAAGGAGAUUAUCAUGGGAAGGCCGGGCACAGUGUGGACAAACGUGGAGCCACGGUCUGUGGCUGUAUUCCCAUGGCACUCCCUGGUGCCCUUCCUGGCUCCCAGCCAGCCAGAUUCCUCUGUGCAGCCCAGUGAAGGCCAGCAGCCUGUCAGUCAUCCCUCUACAUCCAUUCAGAACAAAGAACCUCCAGAAUCGGCUGCUGUGGCCCAUGAAGUCCCUAGUGUGUGUUCAGGGGCUGAGGUAGGGAGGCCAAACACUUCGCACCCUGAUAGCCCAACUCCAGUUUCCCAGCCGUCAGCAGUGAUUCCAGGAGGGGGUGGGGGUCCAUCCCAGCACGAUGAUGACGUCCCAGGGCAUCCGCGCCUGGACAGCGAGACAGAGAGUGAUCAUGAUGAUGCGUUCCUGUCUGUUGUAUCUUCUGAGAUCCAACUCCCACUUCCACCUGGCAAGCGUCGUACCCAAUCAUUGAGCGCUCUGCCUAAAGACCGAGAUUCAUCUUCUGAGAAGGAUGGGCGCAGUCCUAACAAAAGAGAAAAAGAUCAUAUUCGGCGGCCUAUGAAUGCUUUCAUGAUAUUCAGCAAGCGGCACCGGGCCCUGGUGCACCAACGGCACCCCAACCAAGACAACCGUACCGUCAGCAAGAUCCUGGGCGAGUGGUGGUACGCGCUGGGGCCCAAAGAGAAACAGAAGUACCACGACCUGGCCUUCCAGGUGAAGGAAGCCCAUUUCAAAGCACACCCUGACUGGAAGUGGUGCAACAAAGAUCGAAAGAAGUCUAGCUCGGAUGUGAAGCCCUCGGGGCCAGGUGGAUGUACCAAGGAGACACGAGAGCGCAGCAUGUCCGAGACGGGCACUGCUGCUGUGCCAGGAGGCCCUUCUGAAAUGCAGGUGCUGCUGGGACCGGAGGGCAAGGCAGGUGUUGCAGGAUCUGGGCAUGGCCACGGAGAGCGAAUCCUCCCCACAGCAGGGCCUGGUGCGCAGCGUCCACGGGCCUUCUCCCACAGUGGGGUGCAUGGGAUGGAGAGUGACCGCGACAGCCAGGUGCUGCAGGAGCUCACCCAGAUGUGCUCAGGACAGUCUCCGUAUGUCAGCGGGAAGGGGCAGUAUGGGGGGCUGGGCCCUUCAGGGUCCCCGUUUGCAACUCCAGGUGAGGGUCCCCGUCACUCUCUGCACCCGCACCCUUCCCGUGCCCCCCGUUCCCAGCACACAACCAGCGAGGACAUGACCAGUGAUGAGGAGCGCAUGGUUAUUUGUGAAGAGGAGGGUGAUGAUGACGUCAUCGCUGAAGAUGGGUUCAACCCUGCUGAUGUCGACCUGAAAUGCAAGGAACGAGUGACAGACAGUGACAGUGAAGGGUCCUUGGGGGAUGAAUCUGACAGCAAGGACUUUGGGCGGAAGCUCUUUUCCCCGGUGAUCCGCUCGGGAGCACUGCCUCCUUCCUCUGGUGCCUUUGCCCCCUGCCGUCCACCACCACCCCUGGACUUGGAGCCCCCCCUGCCACCUCCUCAUGGCCAUGACCAACAGCCCCCUUCCAAGACCUACGGCUCCUUCCAGAUGUCACCCAGCACCUUCAAGGCCCAAGACUCCCGCGGAGGGCUCCGCCCUCACAACACCCCAGCCAAGCGCCUGGAACCACGCUUCGACCCGGUGGCGGCCCCUUACCGACGGAAGCGGGCAGGCAGUGCUGGAGGCUCCCAGGCGGUUGUGGAUUCCGGAGCGGCUCCCCUGGCUGCCCCUGUUCACUCGGUCAUCUCUCCACCAGGCGGCAUGGUGCAGGCGGUGCUGCUUCCUGAUUCUGCCCGCUUGUCCUCUGGCACCGUGCUGGUGACAGCCCCAUCCAUGAGCACCCCGAAUGUGGGGGUGAUCGGUUACAGCGGGGCACCCAGCCUGGUCCGCACAGCCUCCACUGUAGUCACCAAUGUGGUCAAGCCGGUCAGCAGCACUCCUGUGCCCAUCGCCAGCAAGCCCUUCCCACGUGGAUCAGCGGAGGGACUGCCGCUGCUCAGCCCCCCGCCCUCGGACGGGAGUGCAAAGGCGGAAGGGAUUUCCACAGGGCGCAUUGGCCUUCUUUAUGCUGAUAAGAAGGCUCCGCAGCCCUCUCUGAUGCCCGGGAUUCAAGCCACGUCUCCCCACUUAGUAGCUGGACCUCUCAUUGGGCAAGGCUUGGCUGCUGUGGGGAAGGGACCUGCCAGCCAGGGCAGCGUUGUGACCAACCUUCUUGUAGGAACUCCAGGUUAUGGGCAAGCAGGUGGUGCGGGAGGGGCUGGUGUCCCAGUGACUGUCUUGCCAUCUGGUGCCAUCACGCAGCAGUCCUCCGUACAGUUCAUCACCCAGAAUCCGCCUGGGCCUGGGCAAAAUGGCCCAGUGCCACUCAGUAUCCUGCAGCCUCAGGGCAUCCUCUCGGGGGCAGCAGGCAAGGCUGGCAGCAUCACUCAGGUGCAGUACAUCCUGCCCACAUUGCCUCAGCAGCUGCAGGUGGCUGGGGGGAAGGUGCCAGCAGGAGUGGGCACGCCUGGAGCUGCCAGCAUUCACUUCACUCUGCCACCCGCCAACGGAAAGGUGAUCGCCACACCCCAGGCCAUCCCCAUCAUCCAGCCUGCACCGGGAAACAGCAACAGUAGCGUCACUGUCAUGUCCUCAGCACCCAAAGUUCAGUCAGUGUCUCCAGUACAAGCUCCUUCUCCAGGCGGUUCAGCCCACCUCAUGUCUGGACAGGUGGUGCCCCCUGCUGGGCUCCAGGUACAAGGCAAAGUCCUGGUGCCCAUGGCAGCCCCCCAGGUGACGGUGCGGACUUCUAACGCCCCCCAGCUGCCUUUGGUGACCCCGCCUUUCCCUGUCCCGGUGCAAAAUGGGAGCCAGCCAGCAAGCAAGAUCAUCCAGCUCACUCCGGUGCCAGUGGUUCAGCCCCAGUCCUCUUCACAAAGUAGUGCCACGUUGGUUCCACCACUUAGCCCAGCUGCUCUACAGGGCACUGUGGCCACCGCAGUUGUGGGUUCCCCAAGCCAAACCCAGAAAGUCCUGUUGCCUUCCUCCACCAGGAUCACCUAUGUGCAGUCAACAGCUGGGCACUCCCUCUCCUUGGGCACCUCGGCCUCCCACACUCAGCCCAACACCCCCCCAGCUGCACCUGCCACAACCUACGUCCAGUCCCCAGUGGGCUCUGCCCCCGUGGCACUAGGUUUCACGGCUAUCGGGCCAAACGGGCAGGCCAUAAUGCAGCCACUGCUCUCGGGUCAGAACCCUCUGUUGGCUCCUGGGCAAGUGGUGUCUCCACUUCAAAGUCCCCAGCUCCCAGCCUCCUGCACAGGACAAGGGCAGGUCAUCACUGCCAUCUACCCCAGCCCCACAGGGACCAGUCCUGCUCAGCCAGCCAGUCACAGUGUGGUCUACACGGUGGCAGCCACUAGCACUGUCACUGUCUCAUCUCCCACGGCCAUCCUGCCCAAGGGAGGGGGCAGCAGCAGCACUCAGAGCCCAGGGGCUUCCAGCCAGGGCCUGAUUUCCACAGCCACCCAGGUCAUUCCUCCAGCAGCUACCCGACCUCAACGGCCACCACUCAAGCCUGUCCAGAAGGUGAAAGCUGCUAUCGCCAGCAUCCCCGUUGGCUCUUACGAGGCAUCCCCCUCGCCGGGUCCAGUUCGGCCCCCUGUUGGGCAGGAGCCUGGAGGGGCACGAUACCACCGGGAGGCUGGAGGCGUGGGAGAGCGCACUUUGCGGGAGACAGGGCCCCAAGAGCCGCCACCGUCGCCUUCUCCUUCCUCUGCAUGCCGGGGCAGUGAACAGAGUCCAGCCAAAGUCCAGGAUUUGAAGCGGGAUUCCUGGGAGGCGGUGUCACCUCCGUCGCCCCCACAAGCGCAGCUUACAGAGACCACGGCAACCACGGAAAGCUGGAGCCAGCGGGAAGCGCCUGUGGGGCCCAGUGAAGAGAGGGUGGUCCGUGACCCCCCAGUUGUCCCUCCGCUGGGCAGUAAAGGGACCGAGACGGCCCUGAAAUUCCCCACUUCCCCUGACUGGAGAACAGCUGGUCCCGAGGGCCGCUCUGAGGCAUCAGCACCACCCACAGGCCCGCUACCGCCCUCACUCAGCCCUGGCCCUUUAAGCUCCGGGGAGGGCUCUCGAGGUGGUGCUCCAGCAGCCGCCUCGGCCUCCACAUCCGAGGGGCCUGAGCAGAAGGAGGCAUCUGUGGGGAAGAAAGUGAAGGUCCGGCCGCCUCCGCUGAAGAAAACUUUUGACUCGGUCGACAACAGGGUUCUGUCGGAGGUGGAUUUCGAGGAGCGCUUUGCUGAGUUGCCUGAAUUCAAGCCUGAGGAGGUGCUGCCGUCGCCCACUCUGCAGUCGCUUGCCACCUCGCCCCGGGCCAUCCUGGGCAGCUACCGCAAGAAGCGCAAGAACUCCACUGACCUGGAUUCCUCUACCGAGGACCCCAUCUCCCCCAAGCGGAAGAUGCGCCGUCGCUCCAGCUGCAGCUCGGAGCCUAACACUCCCAAGAGUGCCAAGUGUGAAGGAGACAUCUUUACCUUUGACAAAACGGGCACAGACACGGAAGACGUACUUGGGGAGCUAGAAUAUGAGAAGGUGCCGUAUUCGUCUCUCCGACGUACCUUGGACCAGCGGAGGGCUCUGGUCAUGCAGCUGUUCCAGGAUCAUGGCUUCUUCCCUUCAGCCCAAGCCACUGCAGCUUUCCAGGCCCGCUACUCCGACAUAUUCCCUACCAAGGUCUGCUUGCAACUCAAGAUCCGGGAGGUGCGGCAGAAGAUUAUGCAGGCAGCCACGCCGACGGAGCAGGCCCCAAGCACACCGGAGCCCGGUGGCCCCACAAGCCAGGGCAGCGCCACAGAAGGCGGGCAGCCUUUGGAGCUGGCCCUCACACAGGACUGUGCACAAGGAGCAGAGGUGGCAGCAGCGGCAGCAACUGCCCCCCCUUCUACCACAGCUGCUGGUUGGGACUGUAACCAGCAGUCUUCCCCAGGGAGCGGCGGUGGUGGUGGUGGCAACACCAGCAGCAGAUGAACAGCCAGGAGCAGCCAAGCGAGAAAACAACCUUGCAGAAGGGGGAUCUUGGAGCUUUGCCCCCGUCUCUACUCCCCACUCAUGCCCUUCCUCUGCUAAUUCUUUCUCCCCCUCUGACCCCCUCCUGGGGACUGAAAGGCGGUGGGGAGGGAGCUGCCCUCCCCAUGCAAACUCUUGCUGCGCCCCCUUUCUUCCUGCCCUCCUCUCCAGCCAUUCUGCUCUGAGAGGGGAAGGGCUGUGGGCUCUUGCCAGUCCCUCCCUCCACUUUCCCCUCUGCUCAAGGACUUGAAUGGUGGUGCUGAAAUAUCAACCAUUCCAGGGCACGGGCCUUGCUCUUGUUGCAGCGGAGACCUCUUGGGAGGGGGUUACAAAGGGCCAUGGGAAAUGGACAUGUGUAAAGUGUCAGGUUCUAAUUUCAACACCCUUCCCCUUUUAAUAAUGUUAAAUAUUUUGAGAUCCCACAUACUCGUUGCUUCUGUGUCAGUAACUGGGGUGGAAGAGGGAGUCCCUUUUCCCCACCACCCUCCACCACUGCUGCGGGGGGUUGGGGGCUGGGUGGGAGUUUGUGGCCUUGCUUCCUGGACAGGUUAUUGCUUUGGUCACUCAAGAGAGCCGGGUCAAUGAAGGAGGAAGAAGAAAGCGUAUCUAGACCGCUGCUGGGAUCAGUUGAGUUUUGAUGAUGACGCCUGUUUCUCUGACUGGUCAAGGUUCUGCUUUGACAGUGAGAGGGGAAAGGGGUGUUAUUUGGGUGGGUGGGUACUUUGCAUACAGACCAGCCUAAAUCUGGACAGGAGAUGAUGGGGGGGUUCUUUGGGGGUGAGGGCUGACCUAGCACUGAUGGCGUAAGAAGCAAGAGAGCAGUGGGGGGGGCUGAGGGUUUCCCUCCCCCAAGCAUGAGUGCCCUGGUGGCCGCAGCCACAUGUUGACCAUGUGUGUAACCCCUUCUGUAUUGGGGUGGCCCCACCUCACAUGCUAUUAAAGCUCUUGUAACAAUCCAUUUGGCUGUGGAGUUUAAGUUACACGCAUUUAGAUAACAACUUCUGGCAGGAAUAUACCUUCCACCAAUUUUGCCAUGUCUCAUCUGCAACUCUGGGCAGCACAGAAUCCAGCCGCCUCUGAUAUCUCUACUGCAGCUUUCUCAAGUCUCUUCUUAACCCUUAAGGGUGGGCAAGUAAUGCUUGAAAUUUGUGGGAGGUGCCUGUAGGAGUCUCAGAAGCCAGAGGUCCGAAGAAAAUAAAAAGGAACACAAACUCUGGCAAAAGAAAUGCAAGAAGACAGUAAGGGAUGCUAAAAAAAAGAAUUUGAGGAGCACAUUUCUAAGAACAUAAAAACCAACAACAAAAAAUUCUAUAAAUACAUUCGAAGCAGGAGACCAUCUAGGGAGGUGAUUGGAUCCUUGGAUGAUAAGGGAGUCAAAGGUGUACUAAAGAAUGAUAAGGAGAUUGCAGAGAAGCUAAAUGAAUUUUUUGCAUCUUUCUUCACAGUGGAAUAUAUAGGGCAGAUCCCUGAACCUGAACUAACAUUUGAUGAGGAACUGAGACAAAUAGUGGUGAUGAGAGAGGAAGUUCUAGGCUUAAUACACAAUAUGAAAACUGACAAAUCACCGGGCCCGGAUGGCAUCCACCCGAGAGUUCUCAAAGAACUCAAAUGUGAAAUUGCUGAUCUGCUAACUAAAAUAUGUAACUUGUCCCUCAGGUCCUCCUCCAUGCCUGAGGACUGGAAAGUGGCAAAUGUAAUGCCAAUCUUCAAAAAGGGAACCAGGGGGGAUCCCGGAAAUUACAGGCCAGUUAGCUUAACUUCUGUCCCUGGAAAACUGGUAGAAAGUAUUAUUAAAGCUAGAUUAACUAAGCACAUAGAACAAGCCUUGUUGAAGCAGAGCCAGCAUGGCUUCUGCAAGGGAAAGUCCUGUCUCAGUAACCUAUUCGAAUUCUUUGAGAGUGUCAACAAGCAUAUAGAUAGAGGUGAUCCAGUGGACAUAGUGUACUUAGACUUUCAAAAAGCUUUUGACAAGGUACCUCACCAAAGACUUCUGAGGAAGCUUAGCAGUCAUGGAAUAAGAGGAGAGGUCCUCUUGUGGAUAAGGAAUUGGUUAAGAAGCAGAGAGUAGGAAUAAACGGACCAAUGGAGGGCUGUAGAAAGUGGAGUCCCUCAAGGAUCGGUAUUGGGACCUGUACUUUUCAACUUGUUCAUUAAUGACCUAGAAUUAGGACUGAGCAGCGAAGAUCCUCCGUGGCGCAGAGUGGUAAGCGGCUGUAAUGCAGUUGAAGCUCUGCUCACGGCUGGAGUUCGAUUCCAACGGAAGGAGGAAGUCGAAUCUCCGGUAAAAGGGGUCGAGGUCCACUCAGCCUUCCAUCCAUCCGUGGUCGGUAAAAUGAGUACCUGGCAUAUGCUGGGGGGUAAAGAAAGGCCGGGGAUGGAACUGGCAAUCCCACCCCAUAUAUACGGUCUGCCUUGUAAACAUUGCAAGACGUCACCCUAAGAGUUGGAAACGACUCGCACUAUAAGUGUGGGGACGCCUUUACCUUUAGUGAAGUGGCCAAGUUUGCUGACAAUACUAAAUUGUUCAGGGUUGUUAAAACAAAAAGGGAUUGCGAAGAGCUCCAAAAAGACCUCUCCAAACUGAGUGAAUGGGCGGGAAAAUGGCAAAUGCAAUUCAGUAUAAACAAGUGUAAAAUUAUGCAUAUUGGAGCAAAAAAUCUGAAUUUCACAUAUACGCUCAUGGGGUCUGAACUGGCGGUGACCGACCAGGAGAGAGACCUCGGGGUUGUAGUGGACAGCACGAUGAAAAUGUCGACCCAGUGUGCGGCAGCUGUGAAAAAGGCAAAUUCCAUGCUAGCAAUAAUUAGGAAAGGUAUUGAAAAUAAAACAGCUGAUAUCAUAAUGCCAUUGUAUAAAUCUAUGGUGUGGCCGCAUUUGGAAUACUGUGUACACUUCUGGUCGCCUCAUUUCAAAAAGGAUAUUGUGGAGUUGGAAAAGGUUCAGAAGAGGGCAACCAGAAUGAUCAAGGGGAUGGAGUGACUCCCUUACGAGGAAAGGUUGCAGCAUUUGGGGCUUUUUUUAGUUUAGAGAAAAGGCAGGUCAGAGGAGACAUGAUAGAAGUGUAUAAAAUUAUGCAUGGCAUUGAGAAAGUGGAUAGAGAAAAGUUUUUCUCCAUAAUACUAGAACUCGUGGACAUUCAAAGAAGCUGAACGUUGGAAGAUUCAGGCCAGACAAAAAGGAAGUACUUAUUUACACAGCACAUAGUUAAACUAUGGAAUUUGCUCCCACAAGAUGCAGUAAUGGCCACCAGCUUGGAUGGCUUUAAAAGAAGAUUAGACAAAUUCAUGGAGGACAGGGCAAUCAAUGGCUACUAGCCAUGAUGGCUGUGCUGUGCCACCCUAGUCAGAGGCAGCAUGCUUCUGAGGACCAGUUGCUGGAAGCUUCAGGAGGGGAGUGUUCUUGCACUCAGGUCUUGCUUGCGGGCUUCCCCCAGGCACCUGGUUGGCCACUGUGAGAACAGGAUGCUGGUCUAGAUGGGCCACUGGCCUGAUCCAGCAGGCUCUUCAUAUGUUCUUAUGAGGUGUUCCUAUGAACAGAGCCUGGGCCUUGAGUGAUCCCCCUCUGUGACUUACAGCAGCAGAUAAAAGUAUGCCUGUAUACACCAAACUUGUCCAGGCUUCAAAACUGAUGUAUCCUGCUACACAAUCCCGCAGCAGUAGGAUGUAGAUAUGAAGAAUGAGAUGUUUAAAUCAAGCCCUUCCUUGCAUCUGAUUUAUACAUCUCUCUUCUGGUUAUAAUCCCUACUCAAGCAAUUCAUUUUCAAAAUAAUUGCAUUCAGGAGAGGAUGGGAAAAGUUGGAACUAUGAACCUUGAGUAGCAGUAGAGGGGGGCCUCUACAGCCAGUGGCAAUAAGUGUAGAUAGCUGACCCCUUCAAAAUCUCUGUAGAUUUAUAAACGUAAGAGAAUGGUCCUGUGCAUGAUUUUCAACUUGUUUGUGAGGAGUGAAUGGUAGGGAAGAGGGUUUUAAGGUUUUACACUGAGGCUGCAUGAUGAUUGACUCACACCACUGGUAGAGUUCUAACAAAAUCUCUAGUUGGAAGCCCUACCUGCCCAGUUUGAGAAUUGCCCUUUCAGUUUCAAAAAGGUUUAACUGUGUAGGAGGGAGCAUAUUUAGGGGAGGGGUACAACCACACAGAAGAACUAAGUUGCUGAAUCAGGCAUGUGCUCCAUCUGGUGCAAUAUUCAGCUAUCUUAGCAAAAAUUGCAUAAAGCAUAAAGGUGAAAUUCUCUGUUUCAAAGGUAUAAUGCCCCACCACCACCUAGCUGCAGCAAGAGGGCUCAUAUGGGAAACAGGAAACUACAGUUUACUACCUGUUUUGGAUUGUAACUCCCAUCAUCGCUGAUUGCUGCCCAUGCUGGCUGGAGCUAAUGGGAUUUGGAGUCCAACAAGACCUGGAGGCCCACAAGUUCCCUACCCUUGCUGUACAUAUUGUGGGUAAUUGUUUGACAGAUCUAUGCUAAUCCUUGUAUUCUUAAAACGUAUUUAAGAUAGGCCAUCAUCAGAGCUUAGGAUAGCAAUUUGGUACCUCCACUUUCCUUUGGGAAGGACAUAGCUGCCAACUUUUCCUUGUCAAAACACACAGGAGUUGUGAGGAAAGAAAUAACCACUCUUGUGAUCAGAAACUUGUGCACCAAUUUUAUUAAGUAAGCAUAAGCAAGUUCCCACCAACUUGCCCUGUGCCCAACUUUGUUUUAGACAGAUACCAGCCAAUGUGCUUUCUCCACCCCCCCCUCCGCUGCAACCACUUAACAGCCUACUGAACUAAUAUCCAUGCUGAAAGGGAUUGGUGGAGGGAGGGGGAUCAGUAUUUAGUGCUCAAUACUGGGUAGACAAAAUACUGGGGCAGCUGUAUUUGUUGCUUACCCAAUUGAAGAGCAGAGGACAUGGUGACAGUGAUGGCAUUCUAGCUUCUAAGCAAGUGCCCUCUGCAGUCAUCCAGGCUGGAGCUGGGCUCCAUCUUGGCCACUGCUAGCAACAUUGCAUCAAGGGGCCUGGGCAUGGCAUUCUCCCAGGAGACAGAGAAGUAGUCUGUGCAGCCCAGGGCAGAGUCUAGCAUAUCCGUGGCGGGUCAGGUGGAGGUAGUCAUACAUGUCGUGGUGACUUAUGGUCCCAUCUGAAUGCACAAAGCCCGGAUCGGCGUUGAGAAAGGAGGCAUUAGGCAGCAGCGGCACCUUUGCCUCAAGUAGUUCGUUCACUCUUCUGUUCUUCUCCCGUAAGGGGUUGGAAUUCUUGCCCCGUGGCAGCAAGCCC